UGUUUCUGGAUACUUAUCAACAAGCAGACGUACAUGAAUUAUUUUAUUACCUUCGAAACAAUCCUGAAAUCAGAAAAAAUUUUAAAUUUUGAAUCCUCAGUUAUCUCAACUCAAAUCAGUGAUACUCAAAUAAUUCAUGUGGAAUCCUGAAGAAAGCUUCCCGUGCGGCGACACAACUGAACAAGCGAUUAUCAGAAGCAAAAAAUUGAAACUCCAGAAACGGGUGAAACGACAGCCGAAGACUAUCAUUACUCCUGUUCAGAAGACCUUCGAAAAUGGAUCUGAAGGAGAAGAACUAGUGAAUGCAUUUUCAUUGCAGCGAAAAGGCAGGAUUAUAUUGAUUCAAAAGAACGUCAAUGUUCAUACACAACAACUCAUACUGGCAGAUAGCUUGAAAAAGGCUGCAUCCAUUUUCGAUCUCAACAGAAAAAAAAGCUCAUCGAUUCCACUUGUUCAAGGCGACUACUGUCUGAAAUGCUACCACGCCAAGAGAGAAAAAGACUCAGAGGAAGACACCGAUACACAAUGGAGGCGACGAGUGAUUGAAGACAUGAGACGGAUAGUGGAUAAAGAUCUAUUUGAGAACAAUAUCUCCAUGGAGAGGGCAUACAUAGACCUCUCAUACCAGAUCAACUCAAUCCAACUGGCGAAGCUACAGAGCAAAAACCAAAGGAGCAACGCAACAUUAACUCAAACUUCAGCUGAUCAAAGUAGCACUUUUAUUGAUUAAUAUCCGCUCAAUUAUAAA